UAGUUCCACCAUUUGUCCUGCCAUUGGACCGGGUUUGAUAGUGGGAAGUGCCCGUACGCCGGUGUCUCCCUGGUUGCGCAAGACGCCAUUUUGGAGUGACAGUGAGAGAUAACGGAAAGAUCGAGAAGCUGUCUUUCUAAAAGCUUCGUCACCAUGGGGAAUGUAUUCGCAACCUUAUUCAAGGGCCUGUUUGGCAAAAAAGAGAUGAGGAUUCUCAUGGUCGGGCUUGACGCUGCUGGAAAAACAACCAUCCUAUAUAAACUGAAACUUGGAGAGAUAGUCACCACCAUUCCCACCAUUGGUUUUAACGUUGAAACUGUAGAAUACAAGAACAUCAGCUUCACGGUGUGGGAUGUGGGCGGUCAGGACAAAAUCAGGCCGCUGUGGCGCCACUACUUCCAGAACACUCAAGGGCUUAUCUUUGUGGUGGACAGCAACGACAGGGAGAGAGUGAACGAGGCGAGGGAGGAGCUGUCCAGAAUGCUCGCCGAGGACGAACUCAGAGACGCCGUGCUGCUCGUUUUUGCAAAUAAACAGGAUCUCCCCAACGCUAUGAAUGCUGCAGAGAUCACAGACAAGCUGGGCUUGCACGCCCUCCGCCAGCGCAGCUGGUACAUCCAGGCCACCUGCGCCACCAGCGGGGACGGCUUGUACGAGGGCCUGGACUGGCUCUCCAACCAGCUGAAGAACCAGAAAUGAUCCAUUCCACCAGUUUUGAUUUUUGUUUGUUGUUUAUUUUUUCUGUUUCAACACAGCGGCAGCACCGGAUCCAGGCCCCCCUUCGCUCCCAUCUAACCCCAAACUUUCAACCCCAGCUCUUUCUUUCAAGAACUUCCUUCAUUCCCUCCCUCCUGCUUUCUCCCCUCAUCCCUCCCCCCGCCUCCCCUCCUCCUCUUCCGUCAGUACUCUUGGGGCACUAGCCUGUGCUGCUUGUGUGGGCGUGCAUGUGUGUGUGUGUGCGUGCGUGUACCUUGUGUGUUCAGCGAGUGUGCGUGGGUGUGAAGGCGUCUCUGCGUAUGUUGGCUGGGAUUGGGAGUAACCCUGGCGUGCCUUUUACACACCUCCUGUGGAAUCAGCAGUCUGGUUUUCAAGCCCCCUCUCUCCAUCCACCAAACUCAGCCUCUGCCCCACUCAGCCUACCCCCACUCCAAGUCUUGCACGGCCCCCCCUCAUCCUCACCCUCACCCCACUACCUCCCCUCUUUCUCCCCCACCCUUACUCUCCAGAGGAAGCAUGGUUUUCAUACGGCAAAGAAAGAGCAAGGGUGCAAGCUCUCCUCCCCCCUCCACCCCUCCCCCCUGUAGUAUAUAUCUAUGUUAACUAGAAAUGUUCACCUGAUGUAGACUGAAUGCUAAAUGUUCAUUUUAACCUCCUUUUUUGUUUGAUUUUGAAACCUCAAACCCACCAGUAAGAGAUUCAGUAAAUUGCAUCUUAACCUGUAUCAGGUCGAAGCAAAUCAAAAACAGAAAAAGGAAAAAAAACACAAAAAAAAACCCCCGCCCAUCCUCGAUCAUUCUGGUGUCAUUUGAAAAUCAUGCUGUUUGUUUUAUUAUUAUUAUUAUUAUAUUGGAAUAUAACAUAUUAUUCUUAGCAAUGGUUCUCCAAUGAACACUACCUUCCUCCCUCCCCCUCUUCCCUCCCUCACUAAGCGAGACCGUGAAGCACAAGGCAAGCCAACAAUCUUUAAAAUUAAAAACCUACUUUAAAAUUAGAAUAUGCAAUUCUUGUCUCUUCAAACAGUCGUAUUCUGGUAGCUGGCGUGUAAUUCCCCGGAUUUAAAUUAGGAUUUUGUUUUUGUUUUCGAGACGACGUUCAGUAAAAUGAAUCAUUCUGACAGCGUUCCUACUUCAACGUAGGUCCAAAACAUUAAACAACAAAAAGGUGUUGGGCAUUUCAGCCGGUUGACCGAGACAGGAGUCCUGAUACAUUCACAAGCUUCACAUGUUUUAUUCCUUUAAGAGAUGUUACAUGUGUUUUUUGUUCUUUUCUUUUUGUUUUUCUGUAACUAGUUUUAGCAUUUCUAUUUGUACUAUGACUGCUGAACCAAAUGCAUUUGAGCAGUAUGACAAAUCCUGUGUAUGUAAAGUAGUGUCUCCUCGAAGGGUCUCAACUGCAUCUGAUUUUGACUGAAGGGGUUCUUCCUCAGCAUCGAACGGUUGGCAGUUUUACUUUGAAAAUCUGAAAGCAUCCGGGGGCUGUCUAGUUUUUCCUGGUUGGGAUGAAGGAUUGGCACCAAAUAUGAAGGCUCUUUUUUAAACUGUGAACGGUCCAGACAUGAAGAAAAGGAUGAUUAGAAACCUAGUUCUGAGUGUCUGGGUGUUGACAGGCUACUACACAUUAUAGCGCUGCAUACUUCAUGGCUGAGGAGACCAACACAGCACGCACUCUGUCAGGGAGCUGGAAGGACUUUGGUGGUAGACCUGUUUUAAUAAGGGGGAUUGGGUGUGCGGUUAACUGGUCGGGAGAUUCAGCGGGCGUUCUCGGUGUCGAACCACGGGGGGUAAAAAAAAGCUGGCACUUCUGUCAAGAAUGAUUGUAAAUCUGUAAGUUCCCCUGUAAACUGUUUCCGUGGGGAUUUCCUGAACACAUUAAUAAACAUGAUUUGAUCCAACAGUU